GCAUCUUCACAGCGGGCGUAUCGGCAGCAGGAGCGGCAGCGGCAGGCGUCUAGACGGAGUAACAGCUCGUGGGAAAAACAAAACACGCUUCGCGAACAGUAAUGGCCGCCGUGGGGUGAAAUCAGAGGCGACGGAGAUAGAGUUACACCGCGUUUCAAGCCCCGCGUUGAAGGGGAUCGUUUUUAUCGGCGUCUACGAAUGACAUUGCGAUUCAUAGGGAUGUGAUCGAGAGGAGUGAGUUUGCCGGAUUGUUGUGUGUCAGUGCCGGGGGAAUCCCUGUCUCGUGUGCGGAAGUCUCGCUGGCUAGCGACAGCUAUGCUUUCUUUGUCUCUACCCUGAGUUUAUAAAGACUAUUUUCUGUGGAUUUAUGUGACAAAACUCUCGGCCCAGUUCCUCCGCGUCUUCUCUUUGGAUUACUAACGAUCAAGCGGAUUCACUCGAGGAGAACACAACCCUCUACGGAUUCACUCGAAACUUGUGGUGCAGCACGAAAUUGUUCGUAACGGCAGUGAGGGAAGUUUGACGUGAACAACAUGCAGCGACGGCACGGCGUGUUGUAGGUAGUAGCUCGGACAUCAGUCGCUCAGCUGACUCGAGCCCGUGAAGACCUACCGACCCUCCGAACCGUCCGGGUUCCUCAACAGGCGGCGGGUUCGGGAUGUAAACCGUCGAAGACAACCGGGGCUUGACGUUGAACCGCGUCCAAGUUUGACGACGAAGACGUCGCGGCUUGCCGAAACUGGAUGCUCUAUCAAUCGUUUUGCGUCAUUUCUCACGAAUACGCCGGCAAGUGUGUUGUGAAUACGACCGUGAUCCAUCGGCAAGUUUUCAUCGCGCGACAGUGAAAUUGUGAAAUUGAUAAAAGUGUUGUACCGCGUGUAAUCUAGGGUCCCCUGCCCGAGCGGAGUAAUUGGAUUUCCAGUGAAUAAUUAAUACGAGUGUGAUUUACGUUCGACAGUGUUUAAGAGAGAAAACCCGUCGCCCCCGCUCACCGCGCAGGAUUGUUGGUGCUAUCGCAUUCUCAUUUUCUUCUAUUACCAGAGUGAUUUAAAGACGUCAAAGUCAAGGCUUUUUUUUAUAUAUACUUUCGUCCCUUUCUUUCCUUCUCUUCACUUGCCUCUUUUUUUUCUAAACCUUUAUCUGUCUCAUUCUCGCCCGGUCUCUCUCUCUCUCUCUCUCUCUUUCUCUCUCUCUCCCUCUCUCUCAUUUCACUCACGAGGAAACACGUGUCAAGUCUGGCACGCUUGCGCCUACCGGCAAAUGACUUCCCGUCAAAUUGAUUUAAAAACUAGAGGUGAUAUAAAAUUAACGGUUUAAGUUGGUGUCGUAAAUCCUAAUUAUCGCCGUGUUAAGAAGGAAAAAAAAAAAAGAAUAAAGAAAGCGGGUGAAAAAGAAAAGUGUUCUGACAGUUUAAAACGUCCCACGACCCGACGUAUACGUAAAGGAAUAAAAGACAACAUUUAGGCAAUUAUGUAUUUAACGAAUUCACCCACGUCAAGCUACUUUCUAGUGAUGAAAAUAAUGAAAUAACCCCUUCAUCAGGUUAAUUAAAAAUUAGUGCAAUUUGAGUGAUAUUAAUAACACCAGGCUAAGGUAUGAAGAGUGUCGUGAUCUUUUGUUUAUAUUCUUUCAAAUUGUUUCUAAUAUAAUCUAGUGUACAUUGGUUAUUUUCUUUUACGUUCGACAGUGGUGAAAUAGUGAAUAAAUUCAAACUACACGCAAGGAAUUGAGAAAUAAACGCACGGAGUGAAAGAUUCCAAGUCAUUCGGCGGAUCAUGAAAUCGCGGCUUCGAUAAGGGUGCGAAAUUUUUUGGCGAUAGAAAGCAAACAGCCCGGCGUUGAUCGUCCCGUUGUCAGGUAAACUCGCUGAACUAUGAUCGGGAUGUCGACGCAUUUGUUGCUCUGGUUAUCGACGUUGUCGUGCGCGACGUUGGUCCGAGGCACAGGCGAAGGCGGGCCGAACAGCCCGGUGUACAACCUGGACGAGACGCCCUUGGAGAAGAACCUCGCCGCGAUAUUCAACAAAGUGUCGCACGGCUCGGCGACGACGAAACGAAGCGUACCCGUCUACGAGGCUCAGAUGUCGGCGAGCACGACAUUGUCGACGGUCCCGGCACCCCUCAGCACGACUCCGACCUCACCGUCGAUGAGGUAUCCGAUUCCACGUGCUACCAUGGCACCGGGAUUCCGGGAACUUCCCUCCUACGCGCCGCCGGCGAGGGCCUUCUUCACGCCUCCAUUACCGCCCGAAUACCUCAACCCGUUCGCCGACAAACCCACGCUCCGAGGCACCAACACCGACAGUCAUUCCGGGGUCCGGAGACCCGUACCGCCGCCGAGUCUGACUCCGGCCCACGAGAGGAUACCGAUAAGGCCCCCGGACCUGGUCGUCGGCUCCUCGUCCCAGAGCCCCGAGAAGCCACCGUCGUCGAGGAACAAACCUUUGAACACGCCGAGCAGGGAACAGCAGAAGGGUGCCGAGGCGGGCGUGGAUUCCGACCGGAAGAACGUCACGGCGAGCGAGUUUGUGCCGACCCUACACUUUCCGAGCAUAUCUAGAAUUCUCUCGGGCAGCAACGGGAGGAAACAGGAUAUACCAGAUAUCCUCUUGCGACCGCUGUCCACGAAACCCCCGCCGUUUCACAACGUCCCUCCGGCAUCGACCACCGAGGGACCCUCCACCACCAGCACUCAGAGAACGAUAACCAAGGUCUCCGAUACCGUCACCUACCCGACGAUAUUUAACCUACCGAACACCAGGCGGCAGGAGGAGGAGGACAACGGUGAUCAUAAUCUAAAGGAUGAGAACGGCGAUGCGCACGGAAUCAGGACCGAGCAUAUUGGGAUAGUGGGCGCCGAAAGACUCCCUCGUCCUCAGGCCCAGCCGCCGGACUCUUCGAAGAGGCCGCCGGACAACAACGGCGUGAUUAAUCACGUCGACUCUCACCCCCUCGAAUCGACCUGGAGGAUAGCCUGGUCCCUCCACGUAUACGUAGCCGCGAUAAUGUUCACCCUCAUGGCCUUGUACUCGAUAUACAAAAUCGUACGUUUCAACGAGGCGACCAAUCUCCUGAGCCAGUCGUAUUUCCUCACUCUGCAUCUUCUGCUCACCACCGUUUGCACACUGAGGUGUUUCCACCUGUUCUACGACCCUUACAACCGCGGUCACUCGCUAUCCAAACCUCUUUCGGGGGUGCUGAUGAACCUACCGGCUCCCCUGCUCACCACCGCGUUCGCCACCCUCGUACUUUACCUGGCGAGAUGCUCGCAGGCACCCUCGUUGAACAACAAGUUCGUAUCGCCAGCAGCCCUUGUCCUCUGCUCGGCCGUCCACGUCGUCUUGUGCAUAUCACUCCACGUUUCCGCCCAUGUGCUCGGAUACAGCAACGCCGAUGAUAUUCUCCCGCUUGUCUGCCAGUGCAUUUAUAUCGUCGUGUGCGUCACUCUGGGCCUGUGCUACAUGUACGUGUACCGAGUAGCCAGGUCCCAGAUCCAAAUUACGAACGCUAAAUCCGUUGGGAAUCACGUCGGGGCCGACCCCACGACCGUUGCCCUGAGCACCGCCAUCACCACGACAAUAGCAACCGCUAUGCUCUCGAUUCUCAUGGGAUUCGUACAGCUAUACGAAAUAUUCGGCGUUCAGGAACGAAUCGACGAUCCUUAUCCGUGGCUACGAUGGGGAUGGGAGUUCUCCGUCAGGCUUCUCGAACUCUCGAUGUGCGGUUUACUCGUAUGGGUUGGAAGCCUCUCGCAGUAUCCGCUUCGCGAGAAACAGUUGCAGCAGCACUCUGCCCAUUCGGGUUUCGCUCUGUUUCCAUGCGGCAGUUCAACGUCGACCGAAAAUAUGGACGACGUUCUCUAUCCGGCUAUAUGCAGCACGAAUCAAGCGAUUCAGAACUACAAUAUACGGACUGGAAAACAGAUAUACGACGACAGUUUCCCCCUUAAUACGCUGCCGGAACACUUGAAUAUAUCCGGAACGUUCGAACGACACUCGAUCAGAAAGUCCGGGACUAUGGGACACUUUCCCCACGAAGCUCGUAGCUCCCUUAAUCGGCACGGUAACGGCGUACAAACUCUGAAGACCUCCUCCGACGUCAGGGGUAGGCAUACACCGAUUCAAAAUCUUCACGAACAGCAACCGCCGACUUCCGGAUCCACGAUGCUCGUUGCCGAGGACGGCUUCGUAAGGUUCCGAAGUCUCGGCACCGAGGAGGACGAAUUGUCGGACUCUCAGAGUAUCGUCGGGACUCACGGACGCGGAAGCUCCCUCGCCGGCAGCGUUAGAUAUAACGCCCGGCAUCCGGGCAUUCAACAUCAGCAUCAACACUCUCACUCCAGUCAUCAGGGUCACCAUCAGAGUCAUCAUCAGCUUUACAACAACACGUAGGCCGGGGGUGCAUCAGUCAGGACUGAAGAGUCUUCGCUCGCGCUGUUCGAGUAAAUGCUUAAACGUUUCGGCGAUCAAGAUGAGGACGACUAAGCCGAGGACGGCACAGCGCGGACAACGCCUCGUUGAGUCCGUCUAAAAGAAAGACAGGGAAAAAAAAGAUCACUAAAAGAGGAGAAAAAGAAGAAAACCACCUGAUCGAUCUGAUGUAAGAUAUAUUGUCCCGUGUAUAGAUAUCCAUCCGUGGCCCCCUGAUCUGAUACUGUGCUGCUCAAACUCUUGACGACGCGAGAUAUUGAUAUUUAUUUUAAAAAGAUGAAUGACGAACAAGAAAAAAAGGACAUUUAAUCGUAAUUUCAAGGACAGGACGAUGACAGGUCUAUUAUACGAUACCGAAGUAAAAAGUACUUAAUAAGUUAUAUAAUAAAUUAUUUAAACCUCGUGAGUACCGGGAGUAAGUUAUGCGAAUGGCUUUAUGUCUGGUUGAUCGGUACAACGCGAUACGAAAUGUGACGCGAUUCUAUUCCGUUUCCAAGCUCUCUAUCACAAAUUUCUAUAAAAUUCGCCAUAAUUCGCCCUGACUUCGUUAGUUUUCAAAUUGAAGAACACACGUAUGAUAACGAUCGGUCGGCGGGAUCGCGGUCCAAGAAAUUUGACAAGAGUCGUAUCGAGUCGGUGCAUUGAUCACGGCGCGUGGGUGUAAUGGACUUUAAUUCGCGCGGCAGCGCCGAGGGCGAUUCAGGCCGAACCCUCGAAGAGAGAUCGAAUCUGUCCUUUGAGAUUCCUCGAAAGCACACUCGACACACCGCGAUGAUUCCUUCUUCGGUGGCUUACUCUCGGUACCGUCGUAUAACGACUCCACCGUUGGGUCCAAGACGGAAAGAAGAGAGGGAGGGGGGGGGGGGGGGUGCAGUGCAAUAAAAGGUCCAAAGGGGGCAUUUGUACAGCCGUCACUUAUUUAAAGAAAUAUAACAAAAUUUAAAAAGUAAAAAAAGGAAAUGAAAAAGAAUUAACUAUUAGUUUAAGUUAUACCUUAGUUAGCGUUUAAGCAUAGAUCUAAGUUCCUCGAUCAAUGGUUAAGUUAGCCACCGAACUGAAACGAGAUAUUAAUUAACGAUUUUAUUAAUGAAAAUUUGAAAUACAGGAAACAUGUACACAGUAUGAAACGAUCAAGCGCGACACGUGACUAAAGAUGAAUUCUUUAAGGAGAGAAGAGACUUCUUUCGUUGGCAUACAUACAAUGCAUCGCCAAACCAAAUUGUGCUUGCGUACGCCGAGAUAAUAUCGCCACUGAUG